AACUCGAGCUCCGACCGCGACAUACUGGACCUGUCCAUGCCGGACAAGAACUCCAUGACUGAGGUGUGCUACGUGUGCGGCGACGAGUACAAGCGCGGGACGCUCUGCAACCUGCACACCAAGGAGCCCAAGGACAAGAGCAACAAGCAGCCGUACUUCCCGAUCUUCGGCGAGCAGCACCCGCGGCCGCCGCGCUCGCGGCCCAAGGACGCGCUCGGCACCGUGCGCGCCUGCGCCGCCUGCCACCACCACCUGCUGCAGCAGUGGAGCGCCUACCAGGUAUUGAAGAAUGGAGAGGUGAUGUGCGGGAAACAGGAUAAGAGUUGUGACGGCAAGAUGCGCGGCGUGGCGGCGAACGAGCGCGUGUACACCCUGCGCACGCGGCCGCCCUCGCUGCUGCCGCCCUCCCCCCUCAGCCUGGCCAGCUCGGGCGACAAGUCGCUGGCGGCCGCCACGCACUCGCCCUCGCUCGAGCGCCCCGCCUCGCAGCCCGCCACCACCGCCUCCUUCGUCUGCUACGUGUGCGGAGUCUCCGCCCCCUCGUCGCAGCUGCGGCUGCUCUACUGCUGUGCGAACCCGGAGCGAGAGCCUUACUACCCCUUUAUAACGUCCUUGAAGCCCCAUCCUGAAGCCAGUCCUAUUAGUCCACAGGGUAUGGUGCAAAUCUGCGCGUCGUGUAACAAAAGCAUCCCCCACAAAUACCCCUCGUACGGCGAGCCUGAGCCGCUAACCAACGCCAAUCACGCGCACAACAACAACAAUGCGCACGCCAACAACAUUAGGUUUAAGCCGUACGACAUGAAGUCGUCGAGCGCGACGAAGCGGCCCGCCGCGCUGCCGCCCUCGCCGCACAGUCAGCUGGUUGCCGGCGAGAACGGCAUGGGGCUGUAUAGGUGCUACGUGUGCUGCGGGCUGUUCCCGCAGCAGUCCAUGGAGUGGCUGUCGACGACGGCGGAGUACAUGAACUCGCACGCCAUGCACUUCCCGUGCCUCGCCGGCCAGGGCGCCGCCCCCCGCGGCGGCCGCGUGCUGGCCUGCUCGCGCUGCGUGCGCCACCUCGCGCGCCAGUGGGAGAUGAUGGACGCCGAGAGGGUACCGCUGGAGCAUCGGAGAUACAACAUCCCAUCGCCCCUACCUAGUAAUUCGUCGUUGAACGGCGAGCGAGUCAUACCCACCCCACCCUCUACUACCUCCGACAGAACUGUCGCUAGUAAUACAUGUACGUCGAUAUACUGUUUCCUGUGCGGGCUGCACUCGGACUUCACGCUGGCGCGGAUUCUGUACGGGCAGCCGCAGGGCAACGCGCCCUACUUCCCCUGUCUCCUCACGCACCAGAGUCUACCAAACGCAGAACAGUUACGGGAAAACGGGUCGGCGCUAGUUUGCACAUUCUGUUAUCACUCGCUACUUAGUCAAUGGAGAAGGUACGAAGCUUUAGGCGGCGUUGGCGCUGACCGGCGCGUGUAUAACACGCACGACUACCACUGCCAUCUGUGCGGCAUCAAGACUUACAGGAAACGAGUGCGCGCGCUACCUAUUAAGGAAUUCCCAUUUUUAAUGCAAAGGCGGACUGAAAAUUCAUUAUUAUUAGAAAACGGCGAUUAUGCCGUUGUAUGUUUAGACUGUUAUGAAAGUUUAAGAACACAAGCGCAAGACUACGAGCGGCGAGGAGUGCCGGUGGACAAGCGCGAGUACAACUGGCUGCAGCAGCCGCCGCCGCCCGAGGACAGCGCCGACGUCACCAUCGCGCGCCUGCCCUCCGGCGACCGCUCCGACAAGCUGGUAACGCCACCAUAUAUACACCGUGUUAUACAACACAAGCGCGAGUACAACUGGCUGCAGCAGCCGCCGCCGCCCGAGGACAGCGCCGACGUCACCAUCGCGCGCCUGCCCUCCGGCGACCGCUCCGACAAGCUGGUAACGCCACCAUAUAUACACCGUGUUAUACAACACAAGCGCGAGUACAACUGGCUGCAGCAGCCGCCGCCGCCCGAGGACAGCGCCGACGUCACCAUCGCGCGCCUGCCCUCCGGCGACCGCUCCGACAAGCUGGUAACGCCACCAUAUAUACACCGUGUUAUACAACACAAGCGCGAGUACAACUGGCUGCAGCAGCCGCCGCCGCCCGAGGACAGCGCCGACGUCACCAUCGCGCGCCUGCCCUCCGGCGACCGCUCCGACAAGCUGGUAACGCCACCAUAUAUACACCGUGUUAUACAACACAAGCGCGAGUACAACUGGCUGCAGCAGCCGCCGCCGCCCGAGGACAGCGCCGACGUCACCAUCGCGCGCCUGCCCUCCGGCGACCGCUCCGACAAGCUGGUAACGCCACCAUAUAUACACCGUGUUAUACAACACAAGCGCGAGUACAACUGGCUGCAGCAGCCGCCGCCGCCCGAGGACAGCGCCGACGUCACCAUCGCGCGCCUGCCCUCCGGCGACCGCUCCGACAAGCUGGUAACGCCACCAUAUAUACACCGUGUUAUACAACACAAGCGCGAGUACAACUGGCUGCAGCAGCCGCCGCCGCCCGAGGACAGCGCCGACGUCACCAUCGCGCGCCUGCCCUCCGGCGACCGCUCCGACAAGCUGGUAACGCCACCAUAUAUACACCGUGUUAUACAACACAAGCGCGAGUACAACUGGCUGCAGCAGCCGCCGCCGCCCGAGGACAGCGCCGACGUCACCAUCGCGCGCCUGCCCUCCGGCGACCGCUCCGACAAGCUGGUAACGCCACCAUAUAUACACCGUGUUAUACAACACAAGCGCGAGUACAACUGGCUGCAGCAGCCGCCGCCGCCCGAGGACAGCGCCGACGUCACCAUCGCGCGCCUGCCCUCCGGCGACCGCUCCGACAAGCUGGUAACGCCACCAUAUAUACACCGUGUUAUACAACACAAGCGCGAGUACAACUGGCUGCAGCAGCCGCCGCCGCCCGAGGACAGCGCCGACGUCACCAUCGCGCGCCUGCCCUCCGGCGACCGCUCCGACAAGCUGGUAACGCCACCAUAUAUACACCGUGUUAUACAACACAAGCGCGAGUACAACUGGCUGCAGCAGCCGCCGCCGCCCGAGGACAGCGCCGACGUCACCAUCGCGCGCCUGCCCUCCGGCGACCGCUCCGACAAGCUGGUAACGCCACCAUAUAUACACCGUGUUAUACAACACAAGCGCGAGUACAACUGGCUGCAGCAGCCGCCGCCGCCCGAGGACAGCGCCGACGUCACCAUCGCGCGCCUGCCCUCCGGCGACCGCUCCGACAAGCUGGUAACGCCACCAUAUAUACACCGUGUUAUACAACACAAGCGCGAGUACAACUGGCUGCAGCAGCCGCCGCCGCCCGAGGACAGCGCCGACGUCACCAUCGCGCGCCUGCCCUCCGGCGACCGCUCCGACAAGCUGGUAACGCCACCAUAUAUACACCGUGUUAUACAACACAAGCGCGAGUACAACUGGCUGCAGCAGCCGCCGCCGCCCGAGGACAGCGCCGACGUCACCAUCGCGCGCCUGCCCUCCGGCGACCGCUCCGACAAGCUGGUAACGCCACCAUAUAUACACCGUGUUAUACAACACAAGCGCGAGUACAACUGGCUGCAGCAGCCGCCGCCGCCCGAGGACAGCGCCGACGUCACCAUCGCGCGCCUGCCCUCCGGCGACCGCUCCGACAAGCUGGUAACGCCACCAUAUAUACACCGUGUUAUACAACACAAGCGCGAGUACAACUGGCUGCAGCAGCCGCCGCCGCCCGAGGACAGCGCCGACGUCACCAUCGCGCGCCUGCCCUCCGGCGACCGCUCCGACAAGCUGGUAACGCCACCAUAUAUACACCGUGUUAUACAACACAAGCGCGAGUACAACUGGCUGCAGCAGCCGCCGCCGCCCGAGGACAGCGCCGACGUCACCAUCGCGCGCCUGCCCUCCGGCGACCGCUCCGACAAGCUGGUAACGCCACCAUAUAUACACCGUGUUAUACAACACAAGCGCGAGUACAACUGGCUGCAGCAGCCGCCGCCGCCCGAGGACAGCGCCGACGUCACCAUCGCGCGCCUGCCCUCCGGCGACCGCUCCGACAAGCUGGUAACGCCACCAUAUAUACACCGUGUUAUACAACACAAGCGCGAGUACAACUGGCUGCAGCAGCCGCCGCCGCCCGAGGACAGCGCCGACGUCACCAUCGCGCGCCUGCCCUCCGGCGACCGCUCCGACAAGCUGGUAACGCCACCAUAUAUACACCGUGUUAUACAACACAAGCGCGAGUACAACUGGCUGCAGCAGCCGCCGCCGCCCGAGGACAGCGCCGACGUCACCAUCGCGCGCCUGCCCUCCGGCGACCGCUCCGACAAGCUGGUAACGCCACCAUAUAUACACCGUGUUAUACAACACAAGCGCGAGUACAACUGGCUGCAGCAGCCGCCGCCGCCCGAGGACAGCGCCGACGUCACCAUCGCGCGCCUGCCCUCCGGCGACCGCUCCGACAAGCUGGUAACGCCACCAUAUAUACACCGUGUUAUACAACACAAGCGCGAGUACAACUGGCUGCAGCAGCCGCCGCCGCCCGAGGACAGCGCCGACGUCACCAUCGCGCGCCUGCCCUCCGGCGACCGCUCCGACAAGCUGGUAACGCCACCAUAUAUACACCGUGUUAUACAACACAAGCGCGAGUACAACUGGCUGCAGCAGCCGCCGCCGCCCGAGGACAGCGCCGACGUCACCAUCGCGCGCCUGCCCUCCGGCGACCGCUCCGACAAGCUGGUAACGCCACCAUAUAUACACCGUGUUAUACAACACAAGCGCGAGUACAACUGGCUGCAGCAGCCGCCGCCGCCCGAGGACAGCGCCGACGUCACCAUCGCGCGCCUGCCCUCCGGCGACCGCUCCGACAAGCUGGUAACGCCACCAUAUAUACACCGUGUUAUACAACACAAGCGCGAGUACAACUGGCUGCAGCAGCCGCCGCCGCCCGAGGACAGCGCCGACGUCACCAUCGCGCGCCUGCCCUCCGGCGACCGCUCCGACAAGCUGGUAACGCCACCAUAUAUACACCGUGUUAUACAACACAAGCGCGAGUACAACUGGCUGCAGCAGCCGCCGCCGCCCGAGGACAGCGCCGACGUCACCAUCGCGCGCCUGCCCUCCGGCGACCGCUCCGACAAGCUGGUAACGCCACCAUAUAUACACCGUGUUAUACAACACAAGCGCGAGUACAACUGGCUGCAGCAGCCGCCGCCGCCCGAGGACAGCGCCGACGUCACCAUCGCGCGCCUGCCCUCCGGCGACCGCUCCGACAAGCUGGUAACGCCACCAUAUAUACACCGUGUUAUACAACACAAGCGCGAGUACAACUGGCUGCAGCAGCCGCCGCCGCCCGAGGACAGCGCCGACGUCACCAUCGCGCGCCUGCCCUCCGGCGACCGCUCCGACAAGCUGGUAACGCCACCAUAUAUACACCGUGUUAUACAACACAAGCGCGAGUACAACUGGCUGCAGCAGCCGCCGCCGCCCGAGGACAGCGCCGACGUCACCAUCGCGCGCCUGCCCUCCGGCGACCGCUCCGACAAGCUGGUAACGCCACCAUAUAUACACCGUGUUAUACAACACAAGCGCGAGUACAACUGGCUGCAGCAGCCGCCGCCGCCCGAGGACAGCGCCGACGUCACCAUCGCGCGCCUGCCCUCCGGCGACCGCUCCGACAAGCUGGUAACGCCACCAUAUAUACACCGUGUUAUACAACACAAGCGCGAGUACAACUGGCUGCAGCAGCCGCCGCCGCCCGAGGACAGCGCCGACGUCACCAUCGCGCGCCUGCCCUCCGGCGACCGCUCCGACAAGCUGGUAACGCCACCAUAUAUACACCGUGUUAUACAACACAAGCGCGAGUACAACUGGCUGCAGCAGCCGCCGCCGCCCGAGGACAGCGCCGACGUCACCAUCGCGCGCCUGCCCUCCGGCGACCGCUCCGACAAGCUGGUAACGCCACCAUAUAUACACCGUGUUAUACAACACAAGCGCGAGUACAACUGGCUGCAGCAGCCGCCGCCGCCCGAGGACAGCGCCGACGUCACCAUCGCGCGCCUGCCCUCCGGCGACCGCUCCGACAAGCUGGUAACGCCACCAUAUAUACACCGUGUUAUACAACACAAGCGCGAGUACAACUGGCUGCAGCAGCCGCCGCCGCCCGAGGACAGCGCCGACGUCACCAUCGCGCGCCUGCCCUCCGGCGACCGCUCCGACAAGCUGGUAACGCCACCAUAUAUACACCGUGUUAUACAACACAAGCGCGAGUACAACUGGCUGCAGCAGCCGCCGCCGCCCGAGGACAGCGCCGACGUCACCAUCGCGCGCCUGCCCUCCGGCGACCGCUCCGACAAGCUGGUAACGCCACCAUAUAUACACCGUGUUAUACAACACAAGCGCGAGUACAACUGGCUGCAGCAGCCGCCGCCGCCCGAGGACAGCGCCGACGUCACCAUCGCGCGCCUGCCCUCCGGCGACCGCUCCGACAAGCUGGUAACGCCACCAUAUAUACACCGUGUUAUACAACACAAGCGCGAGUACAACUGGCUGCAGCAGCCGCCGCCGCCCGAGGACAGCGCCGACGUCACCAUCGCGCGCCUGCCCUCCGGCGACCGCUCCGACAAGCUGGUAACGCCACCAUAUAUACACCGUGUUAUACAACACAAGCGCGAGUACAACUGGCUGCAGCAGCCGCCGCCGCCCGAGGACAGCGCCGACGUCACCAUCGCGCGCCUGCCCUCCGGCGACCGCUCCGACAAGCUGGUAACGCCACCAUAUAUACACCGUGUUAUACAACACAAGCGCGAGUACAACUGGCUGCAGCAGCCGCCGCCGCCCGAGGACAGCGCCGACGUCACCAUCGCGCGCCUGCCCUCCGGCGACCGCUCCGACAAGCUGGUAACGCCACCAUAUAUACACCGUGUUAUACAACACAAGCGCGAGUACAACUGGCUGCAGCAGCCGCCGCCGCCCGAGGACAGCGCCGACGUCACCAUCGCGCGCCUGCCCUCCGGCGACCGCUCCGACAAGCUGGUAACGCCACCAUAUAUACACCGUGUUAUACAACACAAGCGCGAGUACAACUGGCUGCAGCAGCCGCCGCCGCCCGAGGACAGCGCCGACGUCACCAUCGCGCGCCUGCCCUCCGGCGACCGCUCCGACAAGCUGGUAACGCCACCAUAUAUACACCGUGUUAUACAACACAAGCGCGAGUACAACUGGCUGCAGCAGCCGCCGCCGCCCGAGGACAGCGCCGACGUCACCAUCGCGCGCCUGCCCUCCGGCGACCGCUCCGACAAGCUGGUAACGCCACCAUAUAUACACCGUGUUAUACAACACAAGCGCGAGUACAACUGGCUGCAGCAGCCGCCGCCGCCCGAGGACAGCGCCGACGUCACCAUCGCGCGCCUGCCCUCCGGCGACCGCUCCGACAAGCUGGUAACGCCACCAUAUAUACACCGUGUUAUACAACACAAGCGCGAGUACAACUGGCUGCAGCAGCCGCCGCCGCCCGAGGACAGCGCCGACGUCACCAUCGCGCGCCUGCCCUCCGGCGACCGCUCCGACAAGCUGGUAACGCCACCAUAUAUACACCGUGUUAUACAACACAAGCGCGAGUACAACUGGCUGCAGCAGCCGCCGCCGCCCGAGGACAGCGCCGACGUCACCAUCGCGCGCCUGCCCUCCGGCGACCGCUCCGACAAGCUGGUAACGCCACCAUAUAUACACCGUGUUAUACAACACAAGCGCGAGUACAACUGGCUGCAGCAGCCGCCGCCGCCCGAGGACAGCGCCGACGUCACCAUCGCGCGCCUGCCCUCCGGCGACCGCUCCGACAAGCUGGUAACGCCACCAUAUAUACACCGUGUUAUACAACACAAGCGCGAGUACAACUGGCUGCAGCAGCCGCCGCCGCCCGAGGACAGCGCCGACGUCACAACGCCACCAUAUCGCGAGUACAACUGGCUGCAGCAGCCGCCGCCGCCCGAGGACAGCGCCGACGUCACCAUCGCGCGCCUGCCCUCCGGCGACCGCUCCGACAAGCUGGUAACGCCACCAUAUAUACACCGUGUUAUACAACACAAGCGCGAGUACAACUGGCUGCAGCAGCCGCCGCCGCCCGAGGACAGCGCCGACGUCACCAUCGCGCGCCUGCCCUCCGGCGACCGCUCCGACAAGCUGGUAACGCCACCAUAUAUACACCGUGUUAUACAACACAAGCGCGAGUACAACUGGCUGCAGCAGCCGCCGCCGCCCGAGGACAGCGCCGACGUCACCAUCGCGCGCCUGCCCUCCGGCGACCGCUCCGACAAGCUGGUAACGCCACCAUAUAUACACCGUGUUAUACAACACAAGCGCGAGUACAACUGGCUGCAGCAGCCGCCGCCGCCCGAGGACAGCGCCGACGUCACCAUCGCGCGCCUGCCCUCCGGCGACCGCUCCGACAAGCUGGUAACGCCACCAUAUAUACACCGUGUUAUACAACACAAGCGCGAGUACAACUGGCUGCAGCAGCCGCCGCCGCCCGAGGACAGCGCCGACGUCACCAUCGCGCGCCUGCCCUCCGGCGACCGCUCCGACAAGCUGGUAACGCCACCAUAUAUACACCGUGUUAUACAACACAAGCGCGAGUACAACUGGCUGCAGCAGCCGCCGCCGCCCGAGGACAGCGCCGACGUCACCAUCGCGCGCCUGCCCUCCGGCGACCGCUCCGACAAGCUGGUAACGCCACCAUAUAUACACCGUGUUAUACAACACAAGCGCGAGUACAACUGGCUGCAGCAGCCGCCGCCGCCCGAGGACAGCGCCGACGUCACCAUCGCGCGCCUGCCCUCCGGCGACCGCUCCGACAAGCUGGUAACGCCACCAUAUAUACACCGUGUUAUACAACACAAGCGCGAGUACAACUGGCUGCAGCAGCCGCCGCCGCCCGAGGACAGCGCCGACGUCACCAUCGCGCGCCUGCCCUCCGGCGACCGCUCCGACAAGCUGGUAACGCCACCAUAUAUACACCGUGUUAUACAACACAAGCGCGAGUACAACUGGCUGCAGCAGCCGCCGCCGCCCGAGGACAGCGCCGACGUCACCAUCGCGCGCCUGCCCUCCGGCGACCGCUCCGACAAGCUGGUAACGCCACCAUAUAUACACCGUGUUAUACAACACAAGCGCGAGUACAACUGGCUGCAGCAGCCGCCGCCGCCCGAGGACAGCGCCGACGUCACCAUCGCGCGCCUGCCCUCCGGCGACCGCUCCGACAAGCUGGUAACGCCACCAUAUAUACACCGUGUUAUACAACACAAGCGCGAGUACAACUGGCUGCAGCAGCCGCCGCCGCCCGAGGACAGCGCCGACGUCACCAUCGCGCGCCUGCCCUCCGGCGACCGCUCCGACAAGCUGGUAACGCCACCAUAUAUACACCGUGUUAUACAACACAAGCGCGAGUACAACUGGCUGCAGCAGCCGCCGCCGCCCGAGGACAGCGCCGACGUCACCAUCGCGCGCCUGCCCUCCGGCGACCGCUCCGACAAGCUGAUGUCGCACCAGUCGCUGGUGGUGUCGCGCGGCGCCAAGCGGAACAGUCCCAAGCAGCCCGCGCCGCUGGCCGACCGCCGCCCGCUCACCAAGCCGGACAAAGAUCAAGGUGGAAGCGCGAACAAAAUAGCGAAACGCACUGAGCUCACCCCCAACAAGGGCGGGCCGUUCGCGGCGGCGCUCCGCACUCUCGCCAAGAACGCCGGGCCGGACUCCAAGGACGGCUCGGGCUCCGCCGAGAAGGAGAAGGCGCCGCCCCCCGCGCCCGCCAAGCGCGCCUCCCCCCACCACCUCCCGUCCAGCGGGUUCCAGCCCUACAGGCCGGAUGACCGGCUGGCGCACCCGGCCGCGGCGUCGUUCCCGCUGCUGGAGCCGGCGGCGUACGCGCCGUACGGGCACCCCGGCCUCUACUCCAGCGCCGCGCUGCAAUACAGACUAGCAGCCGAAGAACAAAUGUACCUGGAACGCGUGUUCCGCGGCGGCGUCGGCGUGGGCUGGCUGCCCCCCUACGCGCUCUACCCGCCCAUCGCGCCGCACCUGCCGCUCGUGCCGCCCUCCCCCCACACGCCGCACGCUCCUCAUGCCGCCCAUGCGGCUCAUGCGGCGCAUGCGCCGCCCGCGCAUCAUCUACACGACGAGAGGGAGAGGGAAAGAGAUUUACAGUUGCAACGGGAGAGGGAGAGAGAACGGGAACGGGAAAGAGAACGCGAGCAAAGAGAAAAAGAGCAAAGGGAGCGCGAGCGGCUACAGCGGGAGAAGGAAUCCCGAGCGAGGGAGGCGCUGCGAGACGAGCAAAGACUGGCCGCGUUACACCCGCACCACCACCUGUUACCACCGCCCGUGUACUCGCUGCCGAGGGCGCUGCUACCACCGCCGCUGCUGUACAGACCGUAUAGGCCUUAUCCGGCGCCGUACGAGCCGCGACCACCGCCCGACACUAAGCCAGCGUCCCCCGCGCCCGCGCCCGCGCCCGCCCCCGCUCCCGCGCCCGCUCCUGAGCCACUAAAGCCCGCGGAAGACAAAGGUGAGGAGCCGCCCGCUCCUGCGCCCGCGCCCCCCGCGGCCCCCGCGGCGGUGUGACGCGCGCACUAGAUAGCUACUCUAAUUCUAGCCCCUAAUAGGUGUUCAAUAUUUUUCAAAAAACUUUUUUUAUUCAGCAUUUAGAAGGCCGGAUGUGUAAAUAGUAUAUUUAAUAGGUAGAUAUUAUACGGACAAUACCUAACGAGAAGUGGUACAGCGAUUUUAUUGAAUACAACAAUCAAUGGAAUUGA